ACUUGACACCGACGCUCCCCUCAGCUCCGAGGCGCGAGCGAGCUCGGCGCGGCGGCCGCGGGAUCCCGGCGGCAUGAACCUGGAGGGCGGCGGCGGCCGGGCGGGCGAGUUCGGGAUGAGUUCUGUGAGCUGCGGCAACGGGAAGCUCCGCCAGUGGCUCAUCGACCAGAUCGACAGCGGCAAGUACCCGGGGCUGGUGUGGGAGAACGAAGAGAAGAGCAUCUUCCGCAUCCCCUGGAAGCACGCGGGCAAGCAGGACUACAACCGCGAGGAGGACGCAGCCCUCUUCAAGGCUUGGGCACUAUUUAAAGGAAAGUUCCGAGAAGGCAUCGACAAGCCAGACCCACCAACCUGGAAGACACGCUUGCGAUGUGCUUUGAACAAGAGCAACGAUUUUGAGGAACUGGUAGAAAGGAGCCAACUGGACAUCUCAGAUCCAUACAAAGUCUACAGGAUCGUUCCCGAGGGAGCCAAAAAAGGAGCAAAGCAGCUUGCCCUAGAGGACCCACAGAUGGCAGUAGGCCAUCCUUAUGCUAUGACAGCUUCUUACCCUUCGCUCCCGUCUCAGCAGGUUCAUAACUACAUGAUGCCCCCCCACGACCGAGGCUGGCGGGAGUAUGUCCCCGACCAGCCGCACCCGGAGAUCUCCUACCAGUGCCCCAUGACGUUCGGACCCCGCAGCCAUCACUGGCAAGGCCCUGCUUGUGAGAAUGGUUGCCAGGUGACAGGAACCUUUUAUGCUUGUGCCCCACCUGAGUCCCAGGCUCCAGGAAUCCCCAUAGAGCCAAGCAUAAGGUCUGCCGAAGCCUUGGCGCUCUCAGAUUGCAGGCUCCACAUCUGCUUGUACUACCGGGAGAUGCUGGUGAAGGAGCUGACGACCUCCAGCCCCGAAGGCUGUCGCAUCUCCCACGGGCACACCUACGAAGCCAGCAACCUGGACCAGGUUCUCUUCCCCUACCCGGAGGACAACGGCCAGAGGAAGAACAUUGAGAAGCUGCUGAGUCACCUGGAGAGGGGCGUGGUGCUCUGGAUGGCGCCCGACGGGCUCUACGCCAAGAGACUUUGCCAGAGCAGAAUCUACUGGGACGGACCCGUGGCCCCGUGCAGUGACCGGCCCAACAAGCUGGAGAGAGACCAGACCUGCAAGCUUUUUGACACGCAGCAGUUUUUAUCAGAGCUGCAGGCGUUUGCUCACCACGGCCGCUCCCUGCCCAGAUUCCAGGUGACCCUGUGCUUCGGGGAGGAGUUUCCAGAUCCGCAGAGGCAAAGGAAGCUCAUCACGGCCCACGUCGAACCUCUCUUAGCCAGACAACUAUACUAUUUUGCUCAACAAAACACUGGACAUUUCCUGAGGGGCUAUGAUUUGCCCGAACACAUCAGCAGCCCAGAGGACUAUCACAGGUCUCUCCGCCAUUCCUCUAUUCAAGAGUGAAAAACGUCAAGACAAGUGAUUUUGGCUUCAUUGUAAAUAUUUGACUUGUAACCAGUACGGCAGAUUGACCCACUUCCCUUUUGCUUUUGAGGAACUUGGAAAUGGGGGCUUCAGCUCAGCAUUUGAGGAGGGUCCCAGCGAGAGUCUCUCUAGAUAAUCAGAUGCAUCUGACUGACGAACAAUUUAUUCCAAAAGGAAUAGUGGCCUUCAAGUCUUCUAUAUAGACUGUCAUCAUUGAUGAUAACUGUGAAAACUGACCAGAUCUGUGUGUACCUCUGUGCUGACCUUAACUUGACAUUGUUUAUUUCUUGCUUAAAGACUAAGAAAACUUGCAUUGCACUAUUGAUGACUAUCUAGAGUGAUGAAAGCACUCAGGCAGUGUAUCAUUUCUCAGGGAAGUGAAAUCAAAAUUUGAGCCUACUCCUCUCAAAAGAAGUGUAUUGAUGUAUGUAGGAGCUGUAGUACUUGUGAGAAAAGAUUUGCUGAUAGAAGGAAAUGCAGUCUUGAUGGGUGUUGGGUUCUGGUGCCUCUCACUUUGGGGUGGCCCAUCCACUCGACCAAGCAGGGACCUCACCCCAGGGUGGCGGCUGCCCUGCUUUGCCCUGCCUCCCACUUGCUUUCUCUCCCUGGGCUCCCUGGAAGCCAAGUGGUAGACUCUUGCUGUUAUCUCAAGCCAAAAAGCAUUAGGGCUACCUUGAGUAGAACAUAUUUGCCUGUCUUGCAAUCUAGAAUGGCCAGUUAAGACAUUUUUUUUUUAAUUUGUCUGUCUUUUUGUCUUUCAUUCUUCUGAAAUUAUUGUUAAAACUGUUUGCUUAAAGAAAAGAAAAAAAAAAAAAGACAGAAAAUCCACAGUGACAUGUUUUUGAAACCGAGUAACAUUUCCCCUCUUAUCCUGCUUGUUUUGUUUGGCUAUCGGUUAGUUAUCCAUGACAACACUAAAGAGGAGGGGCCAGUGUUUUUCAAAUUGGUGAACUCUGUUAGGAAAACUGAUGACAGGAUUUAGCUUAUUGCAUAAUUGCAGAUUCAGUGGGCUGUUUUUGCUUGUGUUUGUAUAUUAUAUGCUUCCUCAUGCCCAUAAUGAUUUGACAGGGCCUUGAAACUACUGGGCUUUUCCCCAAAACAUCUUUUUAUAGAACCACCAAGAUCUCCACUUGCUUAAGUAAAUAGGAUCACUUGCUUUUUUGUUUUUUAUUUUGGAAAAGUACAGAUACUCAGGCUAUGAGAUGGGGUUUCCAAUAUUUUUCUCCUACUGCAUAAUAACUGCUGGACUUUCAGGCUCAGCGAAGAGGACUUGCUAGUUCUUAAAUAUAAGCCUCUCCUACUGUAAUAUCAUAUAUUUUUAAAACACACUCAGCCAGCAUUUAUUAACUAUCUUUUCUAUCCCUUGCAUUUGAACAGUUGCCACACUCAACAAGUGACUUAGACUUCAGUAAGCAGCGGUUUACUUUCUUUUGUUAAUUUUUAAAAAAGAUUUUCAUUACAAAAUAAUGCAUAUUAAUCACAGAAAAUGCAAACGGUAUAGGAGGGUAAAAUGUAUGAAGUAUCUCCUGUUUUCCCACCCCAAGCCUUCCUCAAGGUUGAUUCUUCCAGACACCUAACUUUUCUAUAAACAUUUUUAGACUUAAAAAAAAAAAGAAAGAAAAAUCUCAUGGGACCAUCACACAUUUCACUUUUAUGUAGCUCUCCCUUUACCUGAUAAUUUCUGUUGAGCCUCAUGAUUCCAUAACAAUACAGAUUUACGUAAGCUUUCUAGGGACAUUGUGGAAUUCCACAGCUACAUACCCACUAUUGUUUAAACUAUACAUGGUUAGCUACUCAGAAUGGCUGCGUUUAGGCAUGAUUUGACAGGGCUUUUGUGUAGUGCACUGUAGUAACUUAUACAUCUUAUAGAUGUAAAAAAUUUUGGGGUAUAUUAUCCUAAUGGGACAUGAAGCUUGAAUUAGGAGCGGCUAAGUUGCUGGCCCCAGAGGGGAGCCUUUCUCACUGGAGAGUACCGAACCCAAUCCCAGCCCUCCAGAGAGGUUUUUGCAUGUCUGUCUCGGUGGGAUUGUGUCUUCUUAACUGUCUAGGUAGAUGCUGGAUUCCAAUCGCUGUUGUUAAUUCUUUUUCUUUUUUGAUAUUAUACUGCUUUUGAAGUGGAAAUGCCCCCCCCCCUCCCCAGGAAGUGCUUGCAAGCUUGAGCCCCUUCCCAUCUUCUCAUUUUCACAUCAGGUUAGGUUGACAUGAAUUUUUGUUGUUGUUGUUGUUGAUGAUGAUGUUUGGUUUGGUAUUAAUUUUGAGGGAUCCAGUGUAUGAGCUAGAGAAUUAACUGAUUAUGGGCUAUGCUCUGUAAAGAUCCCGACAGCUGUGUCUCGUCUUAGAAGAGGAAUGGCUUCCUCCCUAGACUUGAUAAAGGGGUCUUAGCAACCCAGAAUUUCCCUUGUUCUCAGUGGAUGAUGCUGUAGGUACUUGUUAUGCUAAAGAGCUUUGGAUUGCAAGGGUGAUGUAAUUAUCAAGGCUCUGAAAUGCUCAUUCUUGCUUAUUUCUAGGGGUUUCAUAGACUUAAUAAAGCCUUGGGCAAUAACUGAUGUCUUCUAGAAUGAAGAGAACUAGGGUAACCAGUCUUUUGAAACAGAAAGUUUCGUGUCCUGGGAAACCUACCUUGUCUGUCCCGGACAAAACGGAAUGGUCAAGCACUCUCUAGAGAACCUAGCAAGACCAUUUGUGGCUGCACCCCUGUCUCUGUAUUUGCAAAAAGAUUAUGAGCUAGAAAGAGACCUCCACUGUGAGAAAAGAUUAAAGUCCCAGAGUGGAAUGGGCAGCUUUUCCAGUGUGGAUGUCACUUAGACGCAGGUAUGUCUAGAGUUAAUUUAGAAAAAGGUGCUCCUCAUGCCAAGUCAUGACCCAGGCCGUCUUCCCACCACAACUUUUGCAAAGCCCAGAGCUGGGGCCUCUCUGGGGUUCUUGGUAUGAGCCUGAUGCAGCAGCUCUGCCUGAGAGGCUGAGCUCUGGGCAUGCAAACCCCACCUCCCCAGAAGCCCAUCUGCCUUGUUUGAUUUGGGUUCAUUUUUAUUUUGUAUCAAUUAUUUUUUUAUUAAUUUUUUUAAUAUAAAAAUACAGGUCCAGUUUAAGCCUCCUUUUUAAUCCUGUCUGAUCACAGUUCUCUCCUUCCCUACAUCUGAAAUUGGCAAGAAUUCCUUAAGGCCUAUAUUUUUAUCAUGCAUCCCCCUAAAUAAUUUGUAGUAACCCUUGUGUUCAUUUAAAUUUUGCAUUAAGGCUCUCCUGCAACAUGUAUCCCUCUGUGAUUUACUUCUGUCACAAUUCUGAGUUUGAAAGUGAGCCGCAUUGAGGUAUAUGGAUCUCCGUGCUCAAGCUACUGUUGGAUAGCAUAUCACAUGCGUGCAGGUUAGGGUGAUCUGAUAGAUAAUUGUUCUUUCUGCUUUCAGGUAACACAGGAGGUGAAGUUGCUAGUAGCUGAACUGGAGGAGGAGAGAGAGGAGAUGGGGGGGAGAAGAGAUGCAGAGAGAAAGGCUAACGUGCCCCCUCAAGUAUAAACUCAUGUUUUGCUUUUGAAUCCUCAGACUUAGUGUCCACUGCCCUCUCCUUCUCUCCCCACCCCGGUUUUAUAGGUGAAGGACUGGCGGGGAGGACCCAGGCAGGUGUCUAGACUCGUAAAGCCAACCACCUGCCCCUGCUCUCCUUUCUGGGAGACUCACAGGCAAGUAACUUCAGAGCUCGUAGAACAUUCUGUGGAUAAUCCCUGUAUAUAAUUGUAUGGUGGAUUUUAGCGUGAAUUGAUUUUUCAAAGCACAUCGAGAUUUGUGAUGAUCUAGUGUUUUCAUGUAGCUGAUGAAUAAAGAUUUUUUUUUUAAUAA